CCCCAUAUCCAUGAAGCAUCACUGAUCGGAGUGCUUAGUGAUGAGCUUGAUGAAAUCAAGCAGGAGUUUAUGAGCAUGAGAUAUUUUCUACUAGAUGUUGAUAAAAAGGGGGUCCUCACUCAAGGAGAGAACAUAUGGGUGGGUAACAUAAGAGAUCUAGCUAACGAGGUUGAAGGUGCCAUAGAUGAGUUCAUGUAUCACAAGGCUUCUUUAUCAGACAAUUCGCCUUCCAAAGAAUCUAUGG